UUCAGUUACGUCGGUAUAUUCAUUCGUUUCUGUUCUUAAAAGUGUCAAAAAGUGACUCCAAACGGAAAUGUGGCUGGUCGUGGUUCAGGUUUUGCUCAGUUCGACACUUUUGAUAAUUUAUUUUGGUCUGAAAUAUCAUUACAAUCACUGGAAGCGUAAACAGAUUCCAUACGUGGCUUCUAAUGCACUCGAUCUUGAUUGGUAUAAUUUACCAGAGGUGAAAUACUACUCGCGGAUUUAUCAUCGCUUGGAAGGUCACAAAUUUGGCGGAUUUUACCAUAAAUUUGUUCCCAAGUUGAUGGUUCGCGAUCCGGAACUCAUUAAACGUAUUUUAAUCAAAGAUUUCGAGUACUUUAAUAAACGUGCUGGUAUAGUUGUUCACGAUGAAAAAGAACCUCUUACUAUGCAUAUGUAUCAUGCUCAUGGACCAUUUUGGAAAAAACUAAGAGUCAAAUUAGCACCCACUUUUACUACCGGGAGGAUGAAACACAUGUUCAGUUUAGUGGAAGAAUGCGCCAAAGAGUUGAGCAUAAAGAUGGAAGAACAAACUAGAAACAACGACGUAAUGGACGUAGAACAUUACACUCUUCGUUACACCAUCGAAGUAAUAUCUUCGUGUGCUUUUGGCUUGAAAGCUCGAACUAUUCAAGAUGGCAGCUCGAUAUUCAGAUCAAUGACUUUAAGCAUUUUUGAUAGUAAUUUACCAAAAAGACUAUUAGCGAAUAUUGCCACAGUAUUCCCUUUGUUCAAAAAAAUUUUCGGAUUAUAUUUAUCUGAUAAAUUGGCUAUACACUUUUUCCAUAAACUUACCAAAGAUUUGGUUCAUUAUCGCAGAAAUAAUUCCGAAAGCAGAAAUGACUUCUUUCAGUUGUUACUCAAUAUGAGAGAUGAUGAUGAUCAACAAAAAGGUCAGAAGCAAGGUGAAGAUAACUUAGCAAUGACCGAUGAACUCAUGACAGCGCAGAGUUUCUUUUUUUUCGUCGCUGGGUUUGGUACGUCCAAUCUCGUACUGAGUGGAACUUUAUUCGAACUGGCUCUCCUGACAGAUAUACAGAAAAAACUUAAAGACGAAAUCGACGAGUAUUUGCAAAAAUACGAUGAUAAAAUUACCUACGAAAUGGUCAAAAGCAUGCCAUAUUUGAAUCAAGUGGUUUCAGAAGCCUUGAGGAAAUUCCCAGUAUUCGGAGGUUUGAGUAGAAUCUGCGUUAGAGAUUAUCAAAUACCAAACACCGAAGUGGUAAUCGAAAAGGGUACCGAAGUAUAUAUUCCUAUUGCUGGAUUACAAUCAGAUCCUCAGUAUUUUCCGAAUCCUGAGCAGUUCGAUCCAGAUCGAUUCAAAGAUUUUAAUAGUUCUCCUGGUCGGAAUGCAUACUUACCUUUUGGAGAUGGUCCCAGGAGUUGUAUCGGAUCCAGAUUUGGCCAAAUGACUGUUAAAUUAGCUUUGGUAUAUUUGCUUCGAGAUUUCAAUUUCGAACCGUGUUCGAUGACUCAGAUUCCUUUAGAAUAUAAACCUUUCAGGGUUGCAACCUCUCUUAAUCACGGGAUAUUUUUAAAAUGUAGUAAAAGAUGCGAGGAGGAUUGGAAAUAUUCGACGAGAAGUGAACCGAUCACUAUGCAUAUCUUUGGUGCUCAUGGAUCACUUUGGAGAAAACUAAGGACCAAAUUGACACCCACUUUCACUUCUGGAAAAAUGAAAUAUAUGUUCAGUUUGGUGGAAGAAUGCGCCAAAGAGUUGAGCGAAGAGAUCAGCAAACAAAUCGAAAUCAACAACACAAUUGACAUGAAAGAGUUCACCGCUCGUUACACAAUUGAAGUAAUAUCUUCGUGUGCUUUCGGCCUAAAAGCUCGUACCAUUCAAGAUGGCAGUUCGAUAUUCAGAUCAAUGGCUUUGAGCAUUUUUGAUACUCGCUUAUACAACAGACUAUCUUGGAUUAUUGGGUCAGCAUUCCCAUGGUUAAAAAACAAACUAGGAUUGCGUUUGUUCAAUAAAUCGGCGAUAAACUUUUUCUAUAAACUUACUCAAGAUCUACUUCACCAUCGUGAAAAUAAUGCUGUGAGCAGGAACGACUUCUUCCAAUUGUUGAUCAACAUGAGAGAUUGUGAUGGUGAACAACACGUCGUAAUCAAGAAGCAAGACCAAGACAAGCUAAUCAUGACCAAUGAACUCAUGACAGCGCAGAGCUUCUUAUUUUUUAUUGCUGGAUUUGAUUCGUCGAGUAUGGUACUGAACGGAGCUUUAUUCGAACUGGCUCUCUAUACAGAUGUGCAGAGAAGAGUUCAACAUGAAAUCGACGAGUAUUUGCAAAAAUACGAUCAAAAAAUUACCUAUGAAAUGGUACAUUGCAUGCCAUAUCUGAAUCAAGUGGUCUCAGAAGCUCUGAGGAAAUACCCAAUUGUAGGAAGUUUGAGCAGAGUCUGUGCUAAAAAUUACCAAAUACCUAAUUCUGAAGUGGUAAUCGAAAAAGGUACCGAGGUGCUGAUUCCUAUUGCAGGAUUACAUUCAGAUCCUGAGUAUUUUCCGAAUCCUGAACUAUUUGACCCAGAUCGGUUCAAAGAUCCAUGUAGUUAUCCGGGACGAAAUGCAUACCUACCUUUUGGAGAUGGUCCCAGAAAUUGCAUCGGAUCAAGAUUUGGCCAAAUGACUGUUAAAUUGGCUUUGGUAUAUUUACUUCGAGAUUUUAAUUUCGAAUCGUGCUCGAUGACUCGAAAUCCGUUAGAAUAUAAACCUUUCCGGAUUACCACUUCUGUCAAACAUGAGAUAUUUUUAAAAUGUAGAAAAAACGGAGGAUGCGUUUCUAAGAACUGCUAUUGUAGAAAAUACUUCUACGAAUGCCAGAGUAAAAUCGUCAAUUUUCAGGAUCCUGUCGUAGAGGUGCCAGCUAUCGUUCCAGCUAUUGUCGCAGGCCCUCAGUCAGCUGUUGUGGCUCCGCCAUCGGAUAGAGAAAGAAUUAGAACUCAAGAAUUCGAGAUGACCCUACCUGCUAGGAGAGCGCAAGUAUACUCUGAAUCCGUCGACGGCAGCGGCAUAAUUCGCACGAGUCGUUUACCUAGACUAGUUGAUGUGGAGACUGAUGUGGAAAAGUUAUCCACCUUAAUCGGAAGUAUCAGCGAAAAACUUCGAGAUGUGUAA